AUGGCGAGGUCCCCGUGCAGUGGCGGCAGCGGCAGGCGCAGCAGGUCCUACUGGAUGUGCAGCUGCGGCGAGUGGAACUGGGACUGGCGCACCUCUUGCCUGGGCUGCGGGCAUGCGGCCCCGCCAUGGGCGACGGGGGCGCCCCCGCCCAAGGCGCGGCCCAAGGCUGACAAGGACGGCUGGGUGGAUCAGCCACGUGGGCGCCGUGCCCAGAGGCAGGCCCGCGGAGCGGCCUCGCGGGCAGCAUCCACCAAGUCGCAGACCUCGGCCUCGGCUGCAAGUGGGACGCCCAGCGGUGGAGGCGCCACGGCGAUCGAGAGGCUCCAGGCGGCCGUCGAGCAGCUCGAGGCGCUGCAGGCAGAGCCCCCAGACGGAGUGGAUGGCUGCUUCACCGACGUCGUGGCCAGCCAGCUGGAGGCGAAGCGCGCGGAGCUGGUCAAGGCCCAAAAGGUUGCAGCGGAACAGGAGGCCUCGUCCAUGCCACGGGCGACGCGGCUCCACAGGGAGGCGAACGCCAUCAGCAAGGGCGAGAAGCGGCUCCGGGCAGCCCGCCUGGAGCUCGAGCAGAAGCAGGAGGCGCGCGACCUCGUCGAGGCCCAGCUCCACCAGGCCCAGGAGAAGCUCGCGGAGCUCGACGAGGAGCUGGAGAAGUUGCCAGAGGCGUGGAGCACCAUCAACUUCGAGGUGGCCUGGGCGGCCAUUCGCGCCCAGAUGGAGGCAGUGCGGGCGCAGCUCGAGGGGGCGCCAUUGGCCUCCAAGCGCACGCCGUGGGCCGAGUCCUGCCCCAUGGAGGAGAUCAGCAGCAACGUCGGCGGUCUCGCAGACUGCGGCGGCGUCUGGCAGCCCCAGCCAGCAGCGGAGCGAGGCCAAGCCGAGCGGCGCGGCAAGGCGCUGGGCGAGUGGCCAACGGUGGCCCAGGCGUGCAAGCGCGAGCUGGCGGCAGAGGCAGCGGACCUGGCUCCCCUGGCUGCUCAUCCUGCUGGCAAGGUCGUCGAGAGCGGCUGGGCGGGGCUCCGCGGCAUGGGCGCCCUCGUCUCGCCCUGGGACCAGGAACGCGCUGCAGGGCCCAGCGGUGUCCGCAUCCUCCUGAGCACUGGAGAAAACGUAAUUGGGGGCACCGAGUUCGGCGCCAGCGAGUGGAUCGAGCCCGUGGGCAGAGCAGGGGUACCUGAACCUCCUGAGGCGAUGGCCAGGAGAGCGGGUCCGCAGCUGCCUACCGUGCAGCCACUCAGAGCGCGAGCUCAGAGACGUGAAGAGGCGGCGGCCAGGGGCGGGGCAGCCGCCACAGGCGUGAGCCAUACCUCGGCCGUCCGCGAUGCGGCGCAGGCCCAGUGGAUCGGCAACUGGCACCUCGAGUCGGAGAGGCACGCGGUCAUGGACCGCGGCGGCACGUCCAACCCCAUGUUCCUCGAGCCGCGGCCGUGGCCAGGAGCCGAGGAGAACGCGACGCAGCGGCGAGCACGAGGAGGAGGUGGCGGCGAACUCGACAGCGAGCGGCACGUCAAUGGCUGGGCCGCGCGCAGCGGAGGGCCCCUUCCUGCCGAGGGGAACAACCUUGUGACUUCAGCGGCGGCAUCGGAGGCCCUGCAGGCGGGGGAGGUCCGCGGCGGCGGCGCCCCAGCUGCGCGGGCCCGCCUGGAGGACAGCCGCUCGACGGGGGGCAGCGCGGCAGCCCUCUCGGCCACCGCCGUCGCGUUCAGCGCCCUGGGGCACGUGCCCAGCUACGCCUGCGCGGGCGAAGGAGAGGAUACCCAGGAGAUCGUGGCGUGCACCAAGCGCGGCGCCUACAAGGUGCUGGGCGGACACGCAGGAGGCAGGUCCCGCCUGAAGAUGCAAUGCCCAGGGCCCAGCAACCUGACCAACAAGUCGAGGGGCCAGCGCAGCCUGCGGGAGCGAGGGCCCCACCCUGGUGGCAGGCCUCGGGAGGACAGGCAGAGGGCGAGAGCAGAGGGCACCCCUGCCUUGCGCUCGCAUGGACCAGUGCCAGGUCACGCCCAGGAACGGUACCUGGAGUGGGCCGGCAUGGAGGCGGAGCCGGCUGUGCAAUUCGAGAGUGUGCUCCCUGCUUUCUCGGCGCGGAGGCGCAGCCCCGCGGCCUGCGCGGCAGUGGCCAUGGCGAGGUCCCCGUGCAGUGGCGGCAGCGGCAGGCGCAGCAGGUCCUACUGGAUGUGCAGCUGCGGCGAGUGGAACUGGGACUGGCGCACCUCUUGCCUGGGCUGCGGGCAUGCGGCCCCGCCAUGGGCGACGGGGGCGCCCCCGCCCAAGGCGUGGCCCAAGGCUGACAAGGACGGCUGGGCGGAUCAGCCACGUGGGCGCCGUGCCCAGAGGCAGGCCCGCGGAGCGGCCUCGCGGGCAGCACCCACCAAGUCGCAGACCUCGGGCUCGGCUACAAGUGGGACGCCCAGCGGUGGAGGCGCCACGGCGAUCGAGAGGCUCCAGGCGGCCGUCGAGCAGCUCGAGGCGCUGCAGGCAGAGCCCCCAGACGGAGUGGAUGGCUGCUUCACCGACGUCGUGGCCAGCCAGCUGGAGGCGAAGCGCGCGGAGCUGGUCAAGGCCCAAAAGGCUGCAGCGGAACAGAAGGCCUCGCCCAUGCCGCGGGCGACGCGGCUCCACAGGGAGGCGAACGCCAUCAGCAAGGGCGAGAAGCGGCUCCGGGCAGCCCGCCUGGAGCUCGAGCAGAAGCAGGAGGCGCGCGACCUCGUCGAGGCCCAGCUCCACCAGGCCCAGGAAAAGCUCGCGGAGCUCGACGAGGAGGUGGAGGAGGCGAGCCUGGCGCUCCAGGCGCUCGAAGAAGCAGCCCGCGAGGAAGCCGGGGCGAUGCGCCGCCAGCGCGCAGCCGAGUGGACAGGAGCCAGCCAGGUACCAGGGCCCCUCAUGCAGCUGGAGAAGUUGCCAGAGGCGUGGAGCACCAUCAACUUCGAGGUGGCCUGGGCGGCCAUUCGCGCCCAGAUGGAGGCAGUGCGGGCGCAGCUCGAGGGGGCCCCAUUGGCCUCCAAGCGCACGCCGUGGGCCGAGUCCUGCCCCAUGGAGGAGAUCAGCAGCAACGUUGGCGGUCUCGCAGACUGCGGCGGCGUCUGGCAGCCCCAGCCAGCAGCGGAGCGAGGCCAAGCCGAGCGGCGCGGCAAGGCGCUGGGCGAGUGGCCAACGGUGGCCCAGGCGUGCAAGCGCGAGCUGGCGGCAGAGGCAGCGGACCUGGCUCCCCUGGCUGCUCAUCCUGCUGGCAAGGGGCACAGCCAGGGCCAGCGAGUGCAUAGCGAGGCCUGUGCGGCGGUCCUGUGCCUGCGUGGGAACAGCACCGAGGUCGUCGAGAGCGGCUGGGCGGGGCUCCGCGGCAUGGGCGCCCUCGUCCCGCCCUGGGGCCAGGAACGCGCUGCAGGGCCCAGCGGUACCCGCAUCCUCCUGAGCACUGGAGAAAACGUAGUUGGGGGCAUCGAGUUCGGCGCUGGCGGGUGGAUCGAGCCCGUGGGCAGAGCAGGGGUGCCUGAACCUCCUGAGGCGAUGGCCAAGAGAGCGGGUCCGCAGCUGCCUACCGUGCAGCCACUCAGGGCGCGAGCUCAGAGACGUGAAGAGGCGGCGGCCAGGGGCGGGGCAGCCGCCACAGGCGUGAGCCGUACCUCGGCCGUCCGCGAUGUGGCGCAGGCCCAGUGGAUCGGCAACUGGCACCUCGAGUCGGAGAGGUACGCGGUCGUGGACCUCGGCGGCACGUCCAACCCCAUGUUCCUCGAGCCGCGGCCGCGGCCAGGAGUCGAGGAGAACGCGACGCAGCGGCGAGCACGAGGAGGAGGUGACGGCGAACUCGACAGCGAGCGGUACGUCAAUGGCUGGGCCGCGAGCAGCGGAGGGGUCCUUCCUGCCGAGGGGAACAACCUUGUGACUUCAGCGGCGGCAUCGGAGGCCCUGCAGGACAGCCGCUCGACGGGGGGCAGCGCGGCAGCCCUCUCGGCCACCGCCGUCGCGUUCAGCGUCCUGGGGCACGUGCUCAGCCACGCCUGCGCGGACGAAGGAGAAGAUGCCCGGGAGAUCGCGGCGUGCACCAAGUGUGGCGCCUACAAGGAGCUGGGCGGACACGCAGGAGGCAGGUCUCGCCUGAAGAUGCAAUGCCCAGGGCCCAGCAACAUGACCAACAAGUCGAGGGACCAGCGCAGCCUGUGGGAGCGAGGGCCCCACCCUGGUGGCAGGCCUCGGCGGGGCAGACAGAGGGCGAGAGCAGAGGGCAUCCCUGCCUUGCGCUCGCACGGACCAGUGCCAGGUCACGCCCAGGAGCGGUGCCUGGAGUGGGCCGGCAUGGAGGCGGAGCCGACUGGCGGAGCCUCCACCGCGGCCAGCAGUUCGGGCAGCGGCCCAACGGCUCCAGCGGCAGGGCGGUAUGUAGUUGAAUCGGCGGCGGCCAGCCUGCCCCAGCAGCGGCCAGGGCCGCGUGCUGGCCCCCUCGGCGCAGGCGGCGCCGUCGCGGGGGAGCCCGCUGCCGCGGAGCCAGCGCCCAGCGACGGACUGGUGGGCCGCAGGGUCUGCCGCCGCCUGGCGCGCCGCGGCUCCGAGUCGUCUGGGAGUGAGUGA